AUGAAGAAGAUGAGCAACAUCUAUGAGUCGGCUGCCAAUACGCUGGGGAUCUUUAACAGUCCCUGCCUGACCAAAGUUGAGCUGCGCGUGGCGUGCAAAGGCAUUUCCGACAGAGAUGCUCUUUCCAAACCAGACCCCUGUGUCAUCCUCAAGAUGCAGUCCCACGGGCAGUGGUUUGAGGUUGACAGAACGGAGGUGAUUCGCACCUGCAUAAACCCAGUGUAUUCAAAACUGUUUACUGUGGACUUUUACUUUGAAGAGGUGCAGCGCCUGCGGUUCGAGGUCCACGACAUCAGCAGCAACCACAACGGGCUGAAGGAGGCCGACUUCCUGGGUGGCAUGGAGUGCACGCUUGGCCAGAUUGUUUCCCAGAGAAAGCUGUCCAAAUCCUUGUUGAAGCACGGGAACACAGCAGGGAAAUCCUCCAUCACGGUGAUUGCUGAAGAAUUAUCUGGCAAUGAUGACUACGUUGAACUUGCGUUCAAUGCACGGAAAUUGGAUGACAAGGAUUUCUUCAGUAAAUCUGACCCAUUUCUGGAAAUUUUUCGGAUGAAUGAUGAUGCAACUCAGCAGCUCGUGCACCGAACUGAGGUUGUGAUGAAUAACUUAAGCCCAGCCUGGAAAUCAUUCAAAGUAUCUGUAAAUUCUCUAUGCAGUGGAGAUCCAGACCGCCGGCUGAAGUGCAUAGUAUGGGACUGGGACUCCAACGGCAAACACGACUUCAUUGGAGAAUUCACCUCGACAUUCAAGGAGAUGAGAGGAGCAAUGGAAGGGAAACAGGUCCAGUGGGAGUGCAUCAACCCCAAGUACAAAGCCAAGAAGAAAAAUUAUAAGAAUUCGGGCAUUGUGAUUUUGAAUCAGUGCAAGAUCCACAAGAUGCAUUCUUUCUUGGACUACAUCAUGGGUGGCUGCCAAAUCCAGUUUACAGUAGCUAUAGACUUCACUGCCUCAAAUGGAGACCCCAGGAACAGCUGUUCCCUGCACUACAUCCACCCUUACCAACCCAAUGAAUACCUGAAGGCCUUGGUGGCUGUGGGGGAGAUUUGCCAAGACUACGACAGUGACAAAAUGUUCCCAGCCUUUGGGUUCGGUGCCAGGAUACCCCCAGAGUACACGGUCUCUCAUGACUUCGCGAUCAACUUUAAUGAAGACAACCCAGAAUGUGCAGGAAUUCAAGGAGUUGUGGAAGCCUAUCAGAGCUGCCUUCCGAAGCUGCAACUCUAUGGUCCCACCAACAUCGCCCCCAUCAUUCAGAAGGUCGCCAAGUCAGCAUCAGAGGAGACUAACACCAAGGAGGCAUCGCAAUACUUCAUCCUGCUGAUCCUGACGGAUGGUGUCAUCACAGACAUGGCUGACACCCGGGAGGCUAUUGUCCAUGCCUCCCAUCUCCCCAUGUCGGUCAUCAUCGUGGGAGUGGGCAAUGCUGACUUCAGUGACAUGCAGAUGCUGGAUGGUGAUGAUGGGAUUCUGAGGUCACCCAAGGGAGAGCCUGUCCUUCGAGACAUCGUCCAGUUCGUACCCUUCAGGAACUUCAAACACGCAUCUCCAGCUGCCCUGGCAAAGAGCGUGUUGGCUGAAGUCCCAAACCAAGUGGUGGACUAUUAUAAUGGCAAGGGGAUUAAGCCAAAAUGUUCCUCAGAAAUGUAUGAGUCUUCCAGGACACUAGCACCAUGAACUCCACACACUUUUACAGAGUUCUGAAAUACUAUUCCUGCUAAUAUUUAAUACUUCUACUACUCCUGUCCUUAAAAAAACACACACAUACACAUCCAAAAAUAGCACGUUUUCGUGAUUUUUAACCAACUGACUAUUUUUUUUUGCAUGUGUAGCCCCGAGGCCUGGAUCUGUUAAGCCCUUGUAUUGGUAAAGACUUUUUACAAAGAAACACAAAUACCGAUAACUUAUUCUUUACAUUACAGCAUGUCGCCUUGAAAUAAAAUGGUAUCUGUAUCCGUUUUUUAUACAGGUUUGUUGAAAUUUUGCUAAAUUUCUUAUUAUCUUUACACUGUAAAGCAUUUUGAAACAUUUACUGAACGUUGAUAGCCAAAACACAUUUGGUUUUAUCCGCUACAGGAUGAGAGAAUUUUCAAAAUGGCAGAUGCAUGGACUGUAUUUUGCAUGUUUAAAAUAAAAAAAAACAAAAAAAAAACCCGCACUGUUUUUGCAGUUGUUAUAUAUAACUCCUCUCUGCUGAGAAUGCUCCCUGUGCUACAGGACAGGUUUA